AGUACUACACAACACAACCCUCUCUCCCUCACUCUUCUACUCUCUCCUACCUAACCACCUCCUUCUCUCUCACCAUCAUAUCAUACAAUAACAUUAAAACACUUUCAUCCACCAUUUCUCAAAGAUCAAACCAUGCAAACUCACCCUUUCUCCUACAUAUCUUCCUCUCCUGCUACUAAUGCCUUCUUGGAACAACCUCAUCAUCAUCAUCAUCAUCAUCAAGAGGUUGUAGAUGAAGCUUCCAUCUCCCUCUCUCUCGGCCCUCCCGGCCAACACCACCACCACCACCCCAAAGGCGGCUCCUCCUCCUCCUCCUCAAAUCUGCACCAUUAUCGGCAUAACCCUACCUCCGAUGACCAGAGAGGUGUAACUGUGGCCCUUCACAUUGGCCUUCCCAAUACCACCGCUUCACCUAACACUCCCACCACCACCACCACCACCACCAAGCCUGAUCUUCAUUUGGCUUCUGCUCCCAUUCAGGGCCAGUACUGGAUCCCUUCUCCGGCUCAAAUCCUCAUCGGACCCACCCAGUUCUCUUGCACUGUCUGCAACAAAAUGUUCAACCGUUUCAACAACAUGCAGAUGCACAUGUGGGGACACGGUUCGCAAUAUAGGAAAGGACCUGAAUCGCUGAGAGGAGCAAAACCAGCUUCGUCAAUGCUGAGGCUUCCCUGCUAUUGUUGUGCUGAGGGUUGCAAAAACAACAUAGAGCAUCCAAGGUCAAGGCCAUUGAAGGAUUUCAGGACUCUUCAGACUCACUACAAGAGGAAGCAUGGAGCAAAGCCUUUUGGGUGCAGAAAGUGUGGCAAGCCUUUUGCUGUGAGAGGGGAUUGGAGGACACACGAGAAAAACUGUGGUAAGCUUUGGUUCUGCAUCUGUGGCUCUGAUUUCAAGCACAAGAGGUCCCUCAAAGACCAUGUUCGUGCCUUUGGUGAUGGCCAUGCUCCUCACACUGUCGAGAGUUGUGAUCAGAUUGGGGAGGAUGACUUGUUUGGUGACGAAGAUGAAGAGGAGUUGGAUUUAGAAGAUGAUGAUGAAGGUUAUAACAGUAAUGAAGUGGUUUUUGGUUUUAAUUAAUAAUAAUAACAACAACAAUAAACUGUAGAAUGGAUUCUCUAAGAUGGAUUGAACUUACUUCCUCUCAUCCAUUAUCUUUCUGCUUUACCAGGUUUAAUUACCGAUUUAUUUCUUACAAUUAUAAACAAUACCAUUCUAGUAGGUCUUUAUUUCAAA